CGGAAAUGUGCGCCGGCUUCCUCUCUGCCUCCUCCAACAUGGCCGGUGUGCGGCUGGUGCUGGAGGGCAGAGUGAGUGCGGUCAGCUUUCUGCUCGGUGUGUCAGUCAUCUCCCUGCCCUUCAUCACCAGCAGCUGGCACACGGAGCCGGGGCAGAGCCUGCUGGGCACAGCGCAGGGCCGGAUAGCUCUGGUCGUAUUCGUGACCGUACUUAAUGGUCUCCUGCUGCUCCUCUACCGGGCGCAUCUCUAUCAGGUAGCCAUCAGAGCGGCCCUGCUAGGCUUUGCCUUUGGUUGUGGUUUGCUGGUGAGCGGCAGUCAGUCCCCAUGGAGGCACUUUGGAUGGUACAUGUGUUCCCUCUCGUUUUUCCACUACUCUGAGUAUUUAGUUACUGCGCUGAACAAUCCUAGAAGCUUAUCCCUAGAUUCCUUCCUGCUGAACCACAGCCUGGAAUACACACUGGCGGCCAUCUCCUCCUGGGUGGAAUUCACCAUAGAGAAAACCAUUUACCCAGAUAUGAAGCAGAUAACUUGGCUGAGUGUUAUUGGAUUGAUAAUGGUUUUCUUCGGGGAGUCUCUGAGGAAAUCCGCAAUGCUCACAGCCGGCUCCAACUUCAACCACAUUGUUCAGAAUGAGAAAUCGGAAACGCACACGCUAGUGACCUCUGGUGUCUACUCUUGGUUCCGACACCCAUCGUACGUUGGCUGGUUCUACUGGAGCAUUGGCACCCAGGUUUUGCUCUGUAACCCAGUCUGCUUAGUUGGUUACACUCUGGCCUCCUGGAGAUUCUUCCGUGAGCGGGUCGAGGAGGAGGAAUUCUCACUGAUCCACUUCUUUGGAGAGCAGUACGUGGAUUAUAAAAGGAAUGUUUGCACGGGUUUGCCGUUUAUAAGUGGAGUUAAGAUGGAGCCGUAACCUGGUAACGCCGCACGAAACACAUUUCCUGUACCGGGGAUGUAGAAUACACAUCUGACCAAGGCGACCAGCACAUGUCGCCUGUACCGCUGCCCUUCGAAGAAUAACUAGAUGACCGUUUUCAAUUUGUCCUUUAAAUUAGGAUUAUUGAUUGAAGGGCUAUGAAGAGUCAAAAACACCGGCCCCGAAUAGACAAAGUAUCAAGUAUCUUUUGCACAUCGAUCUUAAUAGUCCCAGUGGCUCUUUCAGUAGCCCCGGCUUACAUAAUUGUACAGGGUGGGGAUAUGAUGUCAUCCGGUACCUCGCACAGGUGACGCAUUCAACUUAUUUUCUACAGAACUUUUUUCUACAUUUAAUGAACAUCUAAUCCACGUGGAUAAUGCAUAGUCCUGGUUCUAGGUCAUUUGUAUGCAUGAAUGUUCUAAAAACACAAGAAUCAUGCAGUGUUACGCCGAUGUAUUGGUAAACUGCAAAACUAGGGCACACAGCGCUUCUAUGUUAUUUUCGCGUCAUUUUGAGAUUUAUCGGUAAACCGAUGUGUGAGGUUCUCCGUGACGGACAUUGCACUUGAAACUGGAUGCUCUUACAUUAUGGUGGCACUAGGAUCUCUCUAAAGAACAGGCCUCCCAUUAUUUUAUGAUUAUUAUUUUAAUCCAUCAAUCUGGUUUGAGUUCUUUAAUAAGAAAAUGAUCAGUGUAUCCUGGUAUUAAGGAGACAUUUUAUUACAUAUCUCCUAAAGGGAGAGAAUCGCUGCUUUGAAAAUGCAGAAUAUAAUGACGCAUAAUUCAAAAUAGAUCAUGGAGAUUCGUUCAGCCUGUAGGUGUCACUGUUGCUAUAAGGGCGGUUAGCGGAUGGUGAUCUACUGUAUGUACAGUAAAUACCACAGGGACCCCUGCACAGCAUAAGGAAGUACUGCACUCAAAAAUCAUGUCAACUGGAUGAAAGAUUUUACAAAAUAAUUGAAAUUAAAGAUUUGAUUUGACAAGAAAGCUUCUGGAAUCCCAGCAGACCGCAUUUAAAGUGAAUCCAUUGCCUCGCACAGCUGGAGGCAGCCACUUAGCGGAGAAUGCUCUCUAGUCGUUCCUAUCUCUGUGGCAUCACAGGUUCCUAUUGAAUUAAUAAGCUGCAUUCUUGUUACCAUUACUUCAGCCCACGGAAUGGUUGUCCCCACGGAGUUAACCCAUUUUGUUGUUACCAUCUUUAAGAAGAAUAUAUGGAAAAAUUGAUCAGUGACAAGAAAAUGCUAAACUGUAACACACAGUAGAUAUGUAUUUGUCGGGGGACUGGGGACUGAGCAUGUUACUGAUACUUGUAUAGAGAGGAUUUAAUUAUAUUUUUGUUACCUCUUAACAUGAAACUGUGGUCUUUAAAGGUAGUUACAAUGUGUAUCUGGUAUUGCAAUAUGUCUACUGUAUUUCUGAUGUAGGGGGAGGUGUUGUGAUCGCCGGUCACAUAACUACAUCCCUAUUAUAUGUAUAACCAAUGGUGCUUGGCGUUAGGUGUGUUGGCUGUGAUGGAGUGGAGGCAUGGGCCUGGUGUUUGGACUCUUAUUACUUACAGCGGGUCGCCUAGUGUACUUGCACAGUCUGUGUCAGCUCACUCCUUUGGUCAGGAAGAUAGGGACCCAGCAAGGCAUUGCAAGCAGUGAUGAGCAUGAGCCAUGCAGAUGAGAAAGAAUACACCUAUACGCCCUUAGAAUAUCAUUAUGCACAAAUAUGACUAUCCUCUCCCCUACAUUUACCGAGGCAGAGCGCUGCUUUCUCACUCCAACAGGCUGUCUGUACUCUCCGUCUCCACUGGAUGUAAGUAGCAGCGGUAUAGUGCAGGACAGAGAUGAGCGUUCAUAGAAUAGAAGUAUCAGUAGCUCUUUGUAUACUUAAUCUGGAAAUGUUCAGUCGUUCUCGUGCACUUUAAAAGCAAGAAUUUGACCCUGUGGCCUGACUUUAGCAAACAUGUUGCCGACACGCAUCAGAGGCUACGUGUGGGCUAAGCAAUAUUCGGGAGGAUGCAACUUAUUAGGUUGCUAGGAACCAGCACCAUUGUAGAGAUACUGGGUUCUAGGGAACUUAAAGGCUGCCUUUGCUUGUUGCUGCCUCAUCUCUUCGUGCAGCGGUGUACUUGGGAAUCUACCCCCUAGAGGAGAGCACCAUCCUACUCUUCAUCCACGCUGGCUGCUGUCUUCUCAGCCACACUACACGUUCUGCUAUCACAGCUAUUUCAUAUUGCACAGCGCUGCCAGUGCAGGAGUGUAGUUUCUGUUGUGCGCUCCGCUGCAGAUUUUCCUAAAGAAACAUAAAUGGGUGAAACUUUAAGCAUUUCCCUCUGAGGAAGCAGGAGGGAUAAUGACUAAUGCUAUCAGGUUACGCACCUGUGUAUGAUUAUAGCAGUCCCUGACCAUGGUCUUUUCAUUGGGUUCCCCAGUUGAGAAACACUAGUGUGGACUGUCCUGUCUCCCGUGGUCGGCAACGACAUACACUGCUUGGAGGUUACAGUGAGUCAAUGUAAUUGUACACGGUGGCGGAGUAGAGAUGUGCCAUGCUCCUUAUGUAAUGCUUAUGUGUGCCCUAAGUGAUGGUUGGGUAAUCACUGUGACACCGCCAGAGAGCUCUGUGCACUUUGCUGUACCACUAUGUAUGCAUGAGAAUUACUAACAGCACUUUCAUGGUUUGAGGUCCGGCUGGUGGUCUAGAGGGGUGUCCACAGGAAAUCCUACCGCUAACAACACCGGGUAAGCAGCUGCCGAGCAUUAGUUGAGAUUUCAGACAACUUUGGUUGUUGUCCAUCGGUGUAAUGGUCAAAGUGGCUUAAUAAGUCAAAGUACAUAUGGCUGAGCUGGAGAUGCUCAUGGAUGUUACUGUAUAUCCCCUCAACCCCAGGUAUCCCUGCAUCAUUCUUCUGCAGCUGACCAGAGAACUGUGAUUUUGCCUCUGCUGACACCUGUUGUUGGUAAUUGGAUGGAUGCCGUGUUGGCGUUGAAGACAUUUGAUCCCAAUAGAUAUGACAGGAGUAUCUGUAGAAACAUCCUUCACAUUGCCGGCCCCUAGAGAUCAGACUCCACCUUUCUGCUAACUAGCGGAGCAAUGUUUACUACUCCAUAGUAUGGGAGGUCAUUAUUAGUGUUGUCCAUUUUUAUUACCGCCACACAUGCAUUGUUAGACAACCGUGUCUGGUUAGUGUUUUACCACUAAAGUAUUUACACCCCUAGGACUGACGAAUGUUUACAAAUAAUUAUCUUCCUGUUUAGAAAAUGUUAGCUAAAAAUUUGGGGUGGGAAAACGGGCAACUGGAACAUAAGCUGGCUCUUACAUUGUUUCACACGUCUAGUUCUACAGACUAGGUUUUGUGUUGAGUCAUGUUUUCCGUAUAAAACCCUCCCUUUGGAGGAUCAGCUGGCGAGGCCGGACUUCCUCAGAAUCCAGAGACUUAAAACUGACGAGGACCUCUGCUGGGGCAAGCAGCUGUGCGCAUUGGUGGAGGAAGCAAAGCACAAUGACCAGGGUAAUAUAGCGUAGACAGGCAAUAUAGUCCUAACCAUUAAUUAUGUAUAAGGGUAUUGAGACCAAAGAUUGAUUCAAGCAUUACAUGUUAACAAUAUUUAGUAUGUAUUACAUAUAGGAUCCUCCUGUCUAUUGUGGUUUUUUUAUUUAUUUUUUUACUCCAGAUUAAUUAUUGCUAACUAGUCAAAGUUGAACGAAGCUGUAACGACAGCCAAAUAGGAUACCACCGAAUCACUGCUGUAAUUGCUGUCGGGGAAAAAAAAAAUCUUUUUACAUGUGUGUUUGACAGGUACUUAUCUGCCUGUGCUUUUCCUGCAGACAAUCAAAUGUCAAAAUCCAUUGAAUUUAUUAUUUUAUAAAUAAAACUUGAUUACAUUUAUUAUUGGUGGGAGACAGAAGAGUUAUCCAUUUUCCUAAAUAAAAUGACACAAUGAAACAAUGAGAGUUCUGUGAAACGUGUUUAUUACAAGUACUGUAUUUUCAAGCAUCGAAGUAGUCGCCUGUCUCUGAUUUUCAAAGGGUUUAAUAAUGUUUAUUUUAUGUUUUACUUAACAUUCUUGUCUACGCCCUGCAAGUGUAAAUAACACAUUAUGCCGACAUUACAAUAAAGAACUAUAUUGCUGUA